UCUCUAAUUGCAGUUACGUAGACAAAACCAAACCCACACACAAAGUAAGGGAGGACAAAAAAAAAAGCCAGCAAAGCCGAUCAAUUGCAAAACGCUGCCCGGGAGGAGGGUGGAGAGAGGUGGGGAGAGGGGAGAAAAGAGGCGAAGAGAGUUCAUUUGUUUGAAAUACAAUGAAGGUUUCGGAUUACCAUACCAGACCAGAAUAUCAAAGUCACGUCAUCCCGUGCAAAGGAUGAGGCGUUCAAGAGUUAAUAGCGCAUCAUUAGCAUCAGCAUCAAUCGCGGCCCAAACGCAGCUCUCACAGCUCUCCCACCGCCAUCAUCCAGAGACAACAACAACAACAACGACAACAACAACAACAACAGCAACAACAACAAGAAGGCAGCAUCAACAUCGAAACGAACUUCGAUUGACUGAAUUGAGGAGAUUGCGGAGACUGAGAGAGAGCAAGAGAGAAAGUCAAGGUCUCAAUCUGAUUCGAUUGCUUGCGGUUGUCGCUGUGAUUGGACAACGUUUUGCUUUGGGCACAACAGAGACGACAGCAGCUGGAACAUCAACGUCUGUGGCCAUCGAACAUAGUCGGAGCAAUAAUCACAACAAUACGGAGAAUAAUUUCUAUUUUGAUGAGCAUAAUACGACAAAAACAAUAACAUUCAUUCCUGUGGACACGUUGACCACAAUUCCGGACGUUGGCCAGAUGCCAGAUGCAACAACAACAACAACAACAACUAUAACAACAACAACAGGAAGCACAACAGCAGGAAGAACAACGGCACAAGUUGCACUGACAUCGGAACAACCAUCGAUGAGAGACCAAACAAUUGGAAUUAUCAAUAGCAACAACAACAACAAUAAUCAUCAUCAUCAUAGCACAACAAUUAAAAGUUCAUUGGUCACGGGAUUAGCGACAGCAUCGUCAUCAUCAACAUCAUCAUCAUCAUCCUCCUCAUCCUCAUCAUCAUCAUCGUCGUCGACAACGACGAAAAGUGCUCGGAGCACAGCAAAGCAACCAAACGAUUCAACAAAGUCACGCAAUCAUUGGGCAUUUGGAGGCGCCCCCGAUGCGGAACGUUCGCGGACAUUUCGCAGCAAGUAUCAUCAUGAGAACCACUACGGUCCCUUCUUCGAGGAACCCUCCACCCAAAUUGAUCCCGGCAAGACGCUGGUCGCCGCCGUGCAUCUCUUCACCGAAGCCGUGCUCAAUUGUCGCGUCGGCAUGUUGAAGGACAAAACUGUCAUGUGGGUUAGAAGGACCACCGAGAAGGUCUCCCUGCUCACCGUUGGCAAUGUGACGUACAGUGGAGAUCCGCGCAUUCGUGUCAAAUUCCAAUAUCCAAACAAUUGGCGUUUGCUCAUCAAUCCCACCCAGCGGGAAGAUGCUGGCAUCUAUAUGUGUCAGGUUUCAACGCAUCCGCCGCGGGUCUUUACCACUAACCUCACCAUAUUGGAGCCACCGUUACGCAUUAUUGAUGAACAUGAACGAGGCGUCGGUGAUCGGUAUUAUAAAUCGGGCAGCACCGUCGAUCUGCAGUGCCAAAUCUCUCGAAAUUUCUUUCAAAAGGAACGCAACAACAUCUUCAAAUCAACCGAAUCGGGCAAACUGAACGAUACGGGCAACGAGCUGAAUCUGAAUUUGAAUUUGAAUUUGAUCAGCGAUGCCAACCAAACGCAUACGACUUUCACCAGCCAAGAGCUGGAGAAAUACUUUACUAAUUUUAUUACCUGGGCCAAGGACGAGGAGCCACUUCAAGCACUGACCAAUAGACGAUCUAGCGUAUCCGAUAAAUGGCUGACUAGCCGCAUUUCCAUACCAGAAGCCAAACUCUCAGACAGCGGCAAUUAUUCAUGUUCACUCGGCAGACUUUUUACAGUCAUUGUUCAAGUCCAAGUUCUUACAGGGGAAUUACCGGCUGCAGUGCAACAUAAUUUAGCUCGUAAAUCUGGCAGCUGUUUGCUAUUAUCCUGGAGUCUUUUCAUCAUUGUGAUUUGCUUCUACAUGCUCAAAAAUCAUUCUUCGCAAUUUCAUUCGAUCAAAAUGUUGAGUGCUUAAGAUAAGGAAUUGCCAAAAAAAAAACAUAAUUGCCAUAAAACAAAAAACAAAAAACAUAAAACAUUCUAAUACAAUUUUGUCAAACGCAUUCGACAUUGUCCAAAGCAGCAUCUGAUAUUCGUAUAUACAUCUUAUUCAAGAACAAGAAAAAAACCAAAAAGAGAAGAAAACAUCAUAAAAUGAAGAAACAUAUAUACAUAGGGAUUUUCUAUAUCAAUUUACACGACUUCCACAUUCACAUUUUGAAUUCCUAUAAUAAAGUCCUUGAGUCAAGUCGCAAAUUAUUCUUUUGUCUUUAGUAGCAGAAAUCCGUUUAUAAAACAAAAAAACAAAAAACGAAAAAAAACACAAAACACACUUGACAAGAACUUGCCCAACUUUCUUAUCUACCAUAUAUGUUACUAAUUAUAUUAUAGAAAAAUACAAGAACAACAACAAAAUUAAGAAAUUUGUAUAAAAAAAAAACGAAAACAACAAAAAAUAUAAAUGAGUUAAGAUUUGUUAUAACAGAACUAUUCGGAAUUUCGAAACUGAGGAAUUCUCGAAUUGAUCUGAUUCUGUUGGGUUCGAUGUGUAAGUAAGAGUUAAACUAUCACUUACAUAAAUUAAGCUAUUAUUUGAAGUAUUUUUUAAGUAAAGUUUUUGUUUAGCUUUUUUUUUGUGUGAUUUUUGGCCAGAUUAGUAUGUUUGUAAAUAUUGUAAAAUGUCAAGACGUUAAGGCGAUAAAUAAAAAUGUGUAAAACCUGUGUGUACUUUACAUAAUCCUAACAUUUUAAUCCUCAUUCCACUAGCCCAAAUUAUAUUUACAACAACAACAAGAACAACAAAAAACAUAUUAUUGUAUAGUUAAAAUGAAUUUUCAAUUGAUUUGUAUACAUCACUUAGUUAAUGGUAACCAUUACAAAAACAAAAACAAAAACAACAACCCAAAACCAAACAAAAUAUUGUUAAAUUGCGGUAAUUGUGAAUUGUCAUGAUUGUCGUCAUGCUAUAUUACAAGUAAAUCAAAAUACAUACUUUCAAAUAUAAGAACCAUUCAAA